AAAUGUGUAUCUAUUUUGUGCAUGUUCCUAGUGUGGAUACCAGUGGAGUGUAGUAGACCUUUCAGUAUUUGGCUCAAUGCGAAAGGAGUUGCAAGCUCUACCACUUUAACUUAAGGAAGAGAUGGGAGGGAUCUAAAAGAACUGAAGGAAAAGUUGGGCGGUGUUAACAUUAAUAUGAAUGAGCUGUGCUGUCCCUUAGAGACAGCACCAGCUGAAUGUGACAGAUUUUACAGAAACCAAGAGAGAAAGCAUUGCUUAACAUUUUGCCAAGAUACAUUUUGUAUUUACUUGACCACUGCAUGAACCAGUCCGUCAACCCCGAUGGUGGUUGGUUAGCGCCACGAUCACAUCGUCAGUUACCGUUGCUCUGCAGUAAUAGACUAUUUAGUUAUUCCUUUUAUUUUUUUCAUUAGACAGUUUGUCGUAUUCUGGUGAGAUAUUAUAUCAUUUUUUGUUAUGGACACCAUUCUGGACAAUUUCACCUCGGACAAACUUUUCCCUAAUUCCAACCUGUUGGACCUCGAGGAUUUGAAUGAAACCGAUUUUCUUAGUAAUGUGCACUUCUCAGAGCAGAUGGAGGACCUGUCAAAUGAUCUCUUCAGUAGUUUCUUUGAUGACCAUCUACUGGCAGAGAGACAUCCUCUGCUGGACAUGGAGUUGGACCCACCCAAUCCUGCCAUCCAGGCUGAGCACAGUUACUCUCUGAGUGGAGACUCGGCACCUCAGAGUCCCUCUAUGCCCAUCAAAAUGGACGAGGAAGCAGAAUCAGAAGGAAUGUGGUCCUUCAGCCAGGAUCUGACAGCCAUUUUGGUGAAACAGGAGCCCAGUCUUUUGUUAGACCCUGUUCCAGCAGCCUCUCCGGUGGUCAGUGCUGUCCCUCCACCUCUCACCCUCGCCCCUCCACCCCAGAGAAAUGCCCCUGAGGAUAAGGAAUCAAAAGAAGUGAAAUGCAAUCAAGUGCCUACGAUCAAAGCUGAACCCAGGGAGGUCAAUCAGUUCCUCAGUGUCCCAACAGAUGAGCACCUGCAGCUGCCGCCCACUCCUCCUAGCAGUCAUGGCAGUGACAGCGAUGGCUCCCAGAGCCCCCACUCUCUGCCCCCCUCCAGCCCUGCACGCCUGCAGGCCCGUACCUCUGCAGCCAUCUCCACCUCACCCCUCCUCACUGCACCUCAUAAGCUGCAGGGCACCUCCGGCCCACUCAUGCUAACAGAGGAAGAGAAGCGCACCCUGAUUGCAGAGGGGUAUCCUGUGCCCAACAAACUACCACUCACCAAGACUGAAGAGAAGGCGCUCAAGAGGGUCCGCCGGAAGAUAAAAAACAAGAUCUCAGCCCAGGAAAGUCGCAGAAAGAAGAAGGAGUAUGUGGAAUGCCUGGAGAAAAAAGUGGAGACGUAUACUUCAGAGAAUAAUGAGCUGUGGAAGAAGGUGGAGACCCUAGAGACUGCAAACAGAUCUCUUCUUCAGCAGCUACAGAAACUCCAGACUCUUGUAUCAGGCAAAGUGCCUCGGUCCUGCAGGAUGGCCUCUACACAAACAGGAACCUGUCUCAUGGUGGUGGUUCUGUGCUUUGUCCUUGUGCUGGGUUCACUUGUGCCAUGUCUGCCUGAACUUUCUACCACGUCGCACAUGGUGAAGUCCUCACCCCUUCCCUCGGCUGACGUCUACACCACCAGCCAGGUCCGGUCCCGCAGCCUCCUCCUCUACGACGAGAGCUCACCGCUGGAGGACGGCCAUGGCAGCUUCCUGAGAGUGGAGGCAGGGGAUGGAUGGGAGGGGGCGCCCCUUGACUACACAGUGGACCAGCCAAAACAGGUGGACCACGCCACACAUGAAACCAAUAAGUACCUGAGCAAAGAACACUCAGACCCUGUGGCCUACGAUAACAGGACCGGCGCCCCAUUCCUCCACAGCAAGGAGCAGUACCAUAAAAGAGAGCCAAACCCUGAAGGUGGAGCGGAAUACUUCUGACGAUUUGAGCAGAGCUGCCACGCACACCCCCUCCACAGCUUCCUGACUCGAGCACCAGACCUUGGAGACACUUCCAGAUCAUGCCAUGCCAUGUGUCUCCAAGCUCUUUCCUAGUAAUCCACUGGCACCAUCCCCAGCAAUCCAUCCCAAGACCAACCAACAGUGACAAACAAGGAUAAGAAAGGGGGAAGAGGGGGAGAAAACAUUGACAGCUCCAAAGAAAUGGAAUCAUACAUUUUGCUGCACAGAUUUACUUAUUGGACCUUCUACACUAUGGGGAGAGUGUUGCAUUCAGAGCACUGGAUUGGAGCCCUAGUCCAUGUGCCUGAACCCAAGAAUGGGCAAACCGCAAAUUAGAGCGAGAUCUAUACAAGUGUUCCCCAGAAUCUUCAUGUAUGUUGCUGUUUUUCAAACUUUUAAAAGAGCUGUGCUGUAUUUAGAUGGGAUUUUGGAGCAGCAUAGUGAUCUAAACAGAGUAAAUUAAACAGAGGAACUAAAAGGAAAUAGGAUGUCUUUUUUCAAUUGCCAUGUGACUGAAACUCAGAGUGUGUAUUUUUUACAAAUAUAUUUAGUUUCUUCUCUUUUAAAAUGCUGGCACUAUGUUUGGGUAUAGAUGUGAUGAUGCAACACUAGUUGUAUUAAUCUAUACCAUACUAUGGUUGAACGUUCAUACCUUGCUACAUUCUUUGAGGUGUUAUUUUUCUCAAAUCCCUCAUUUCAACUGCAGAAAUAUUCUUCAUUGGACUUUUUUGUUUGAAUAACUAUUUACACAUUUAUUUAAUGCCUGCAUGGGAAAAAUAUUUUUGGAUUUAAGUUCAUUUAAGUGCCUUCAGUCUCCUCAGUGAAAUCAUUUUAAUAUUAUAUUCCUCAAACACCCAGUCCUCUUUUUAGAUUUAUUUUUCAUCAUUUUACUUAUUGCUUAAAAAAAAAAAAAAAAUCAGAGGUAUUUUUAUGGGAAGUAUAGCAUCUGUAAAAUAUGUAAGUAUUGUUAGCAUCAAAAAUGGCAUAUUUAUCUUAUGCAACAAAAAAACAAUUGUGAAACAAUUAUCUAAGUUCUAUCGAUACAUACAGUGGUGUUAUGUCAUAACUGUUAAGCAGUCAAAGGUAUUUUUAUGGAAAGUAUAAUACCUGUAAUAUAUAUGUAAGUAUUAUCUGCAUCACAAAAGUGCAUAUUUAUUUUAUGCAAUGAAAAAAAAGAAUUAUGUGUUUUUAUCUAUGAAAAUGAUGGUGUCAUGUUUUAAUACUUAAAAAGUUUGACAUUUUUAUUUCUGUAAGAGAAUAAUUUGUAUAUAAAAAGUAGAGACAAAGGAAGAAGGACCAUCAACUGUAAACAUUUGCUGACAAAAAAUGACAAAAUUAGUUCAUAAUAUGAAUUCUAUUGCAUUCCUUAGGACCAAAUGUCUUACAAGUGAAGCCAAACCACAUAAUGACUACCAUUUGGCAACUGAGUAAAUAGCCUCAAUUUACAGUCCUUGGUGUAAGUAUAACCCAAAUUAAAUGAUUAAGUUAUUUUUGUGCAGUCCAGUCUAAGGAAAUAGGAAUGGGUUCAUUGAUCUCUCCUGUGGUUGACGUAGCAAGACAAUAAUUUCGUAAAUUUAGUAAAAGCUGAGCAUGAUUUGUGACCCCGUUGAGAUCUCUCUCCUUUAACAUCAUAGGAGAAAUUUGGUCUAUAUAGAAAUCUGAGAAGCAGGAGAUGUAAGCCUUAAUCUCACAUUUUAGAUUUUCUUUUCUUAUGGGGAAAGUCCCUCACAAAUUCUUAUUUUCACAGACUUUAUGGAGUGCUUCAAAACAUAUACAUAAUUUACUAUAAUAUUUUCUAUAGUUAUGUAUAUUUUUGAAAUGCAUUGGAUUAUUUUUAUCUAUGGUAUUUCAGCAGAAAUACCCAGGUUGCCUAUUCAUUUUGAAGGAGGAUAUGUUUUCCUGUUCACUUAUGCCUGUAAUUUAACACAAUGACCAAAGGAAAAGCACUGUAAUGAGCAAAAAUUAUCUUUUCGUUUCCUUUCAGUUGCACAAAGAUGUAUAGCAACAUGGUUUAUGGUAUGAAUUAGAUGUCAAAUUGCCAAAAAAUGUUAGAAAGGUACGUGGCUAUACUAAAUGAAAGGAUACUUUUUGUCAAAUUUCUGUGCAAUUGUAUGAUACCAUUGUCUGGUUGUAUAUGUGUAUCACAGUAUGGUAUAUAGUCAAUAGUGUUGGACACUGUCAGUGGUCAUUUCUGCACAAGCUUACCGUUAAAGGAAGGCAUAACCUAAAAUCUUUGUAAAAACAUGUAUGUUCUUCUCACUGUCGUUUUCACAUUUACCACUUUACUUACAUCUUAAAUGUACAGUCCGUGAUUCUAGUGAAAGGUUGUUGAUAUAUGAGCUUAGCAGCCAAUCAAAUUACACCCCUCCCUUCUGUACUCCUGAAGCAACAUGCUAGAACACUGGUAUGGCUCAGCCCAAGCCACUUUGUUAGUUUCUCAUUCACAGAAAUAGGACAAUACACGAACAUCAGAGUUUUUUUUGAACGGACAGACAGCUAGGACUGUGAGAAGCUAUUUUUGAAUUUGACAAAAAGUAAAUUGGAUUACAAUUACGGACUGUGCCUUUAAUUGUGUUUGUCAGAUGUUGUAUUCACAUCUAACCUGCCUGUUCAGAGUCACAAAUUAAAGAUCUCAAACCUGUAUGCCAAAUGUGAGCGACACACCAAAUGUAAUCCUGUCAUGUUUAUGUAAACCUUUCUUCCGAGACAUUCCACAGCAGUUUUCUUAGUCUGACCUUACAUUUGUGUUAUCCUCUGUACAUAUGUGCAAGUGAAGUGUUUACUGUAAAUACCGAGAAUGUAUUUUUGUAUUUGUAAUGUAUUGAUGUAUUUUAGUAUUCACUUGGCAUCUUUGGAGAACUGCCUGUGUCUCACCUCUUUCGUACAAUUUCGUACUGUUGAAAGUGCAUGCAUUUCUGUAGUGACCAUUCUCAUUAUCUUUCUUGUACCUGUCUCCUGUCCAGUAGAUUUAGAUAAAGCAAUAUAUAAAAAAUGCAGAAGCAAA